GCUCUCCACACGUUCAAAAAACACACUCCAUUUAUCUUUCCUUAUCAUUUUUCAUUUCUCAAACAAACACAAAUUUUCAAUUCCUUCAAAUUGAUUUAUUAUUUAUUUAUAAAAAAUGGCUUCUUCUAUUAAUAUAUUAAGCAAUAUUAAUGGAUUUUGCAACACAAAACCAUCAUUUGGUUUACAACAAAGGAAAAGGAUGGUUGUGGUAAGGGCAGAAACAAUUAAUCCAGAAAUUAGGAAAACUGAAGAGAAAGUUGUUGAUUCUGUUGUUGUUACUGAACUCUCCAAGAAUAUCACCCCUUAUUGCAGGUGUUGGAGAUCAGGAACUUUUCCUUUAUGUGAUGGGAGUCAUAUGAAACACAACAAAGCUACUGGUGACAACGUUGGACCUUUGUUGUUGAAGAAGCAGUAAUAAUUCUUUAGGUUAACUUUUGUUGCUUUUCUCUUUGUUAUGGAUAAUGGAUUAUUGUCAUUGUAUUUCUUUAAAUAAUGCCUCCUAUAAUUAAUUUGAGUAUAAAACUGUGUACUUCACAUUUUAAAUUCCGUAUUACUUAAUUUUUCUACUGAUCCUUGCCUAAA